AUGCUUGUGUGUGAAGAUGAGAUUCGAUUCAUCAUGAAGAAUCACACUUGGGUUCUUGUAGAUCUCCCAGCUGGAGCUAAAGUGAUUGGCUUAAAGUGUAUCUUCAAACUUAAGCGAAACUAUGAUGGCAGUAUCCACAAACACAAAGUUAGUCUUGUCGCAAAAGGAUAUGCGCAACAACAUGGGGUCGAUUAUGAUGAAGUGUUUUCGCGAGUAGCUCGUUUAGAAACAAUACGCCUUCUGAUCAGUCUCGCAGCAUCAAGGGGUUGGGAGAUACAUCACCUUGAUGUCAAAACAGCCUUUCUUCAUGGAGAGUUACAAGAAGUAGUCUAUGUCACACAGCCAGAAGGAUUUGAAGAAAAAGGUUGUGAAGGAAAAUUUUGUAAGCUAAACAAAGCUUUUUAUUGCUUGAAACAAGCACAAAGGGUGUGGAGCAUCAAUCUAAAACAUAUUUUCAAGGAGUUGCGGUUUACAAAGUGUACAAAAGAGCCAACAGUCUAUCAAAGAGAAGUGAGUGGAAAUCUUUUGCUUGUAGCGGUCUAUGUAGAUGGCCUUCUCGUGACAUGA